ACAGAUAUAAUCAGCUGAGAGUCGCACAAAAACAUUUCACACCAUGUUUUCUUGGGGAGAACAGUGCGCGCACGGCUUUAGGCUCAAAGAUGGCACUUACACGGCCAAGACUAACAAGAAUGGAGUUUGUUAUUUAGACCUGGGCUUCCACAUCACUCACCUGUCUGAGGGCCUCCGCGUGCUCGCCUUUGUCAAACCUAAUGGAAAUGCCUUUAUUAUCCGCACCAACGAGAAUAAGGACGGCACGAGGGCCAGAGGGAAACAGAAGUGUGUGGAGUGUAAAGAGAAGGUCAGAGCUGUGAGUUGUACUGAUGACCUGGUGAUGCUGCUCACUAAGAAGGGACAGGUCUUAUGUGUUGACCCAAGACUUGGCAAAGGAAAUCCAAGGCUACUAAAAAGCCUCAGUGGUCUAUCAGUGUCACAAGUUUCAUGUGGAAGCCAACAUUCAAUUGCACUUACUAAAGAUGGGCUGGUGUUCACUUGGGGCCACAACUCCAGAGGUCAGCUGGGUCUGGGCCAGUGUGGUGAGAGCUCACCUGAGCAGGUGCAGCACCUGUCGGACCUGCCCGUGGUGCAGGUGGCAGCAGGAGGGGAGCACAGCUUCAGCGUCUCUCUGUCUGGAGCUGUGUUUGGAUGGGGCAACAACUCCUGCGGACAACUGGGCCUGGGGGACACCACAGACAGACAUAUUCCAACUUGUGUUAAUUAUUUGAACACAAGGAAAACUUGUUUGAUCUCCUGUGGACUUUUACACACUGCAGUACUGACCAAGGACGGGGCCGUGUUCACAUUCGGUUCAGGUCAACAUGGGCAGCUUGGACAUAACUCCUUCAGGGACGAAUUACGACCUCGACUCAUCGCAGAACUCUUGGGGUCAAAGGUUAUACAGGUGGCAUGUGGCAGACAGCACACACUGGUGAUGAUAGAGUCUCGGAGGUUGUUCUCAUUUGGUUGUGGAGAACUGGGCCAGCUAGGACAGAGAGGAGAAAGUCCAGCUGUCCCUCUGCCUGUGCAUCUGCCACCAGAACAUAGUGAGGGGGUCAAAAUUGGCAGCUGCUUUGCUGGACCCAACUGUUCUUUUGCAAUGUGUUUUUCUGAGGACAUGCAAACAGUGUCUAACAUUGGGAACACAUGGGAAGAACAAUCAGGACUUGAGCAUUUGAUACUCAAGUGGACUUCGGACUCUCAGCCAUGGAAACAAACUAAACCAGAAAUCCACAGGAUGUUUUCCUCCCUGUCAUGUUUGAACAGAAGCUAUCUUGAGCACAGAAAAGACAAGCACUUCCAAACAUCAGCAAAUUAUUGUGGCUUGGAUCUAACGGCUGUUGAAAGAUCAUUUGCUAAUCUGCUCAACAAGGCCAAUGUUUUGGAGCAGGUUGAACUCACUGUCCUGGGUUCCCUCUGUUCCCUGAACUGUACCUCAGUGGGAGUGGAGGCUUUGAGGGUCUACCUGCUCCUCACCGAGCUCCUGGUGGUGGUCCUCAAACACAAUAAGGACUCAGCACUGGUAAAGGAACUGGCUAAUACAAUUCACAGUCUGCCUUCUGAGAGCCGCAAAGUCUUAAGAGACUGGCACGCCUCCCUGCCGUUUUGUACCAGAAAAAGACAUGUUGAGGUGUGGAGGGAUGGUUUGUCUCAAAUGCUGCUCGGCUCUUUUAAUGAUCAGAAAAAGCUGGUGCUGAUCCUUGAAGAGAUGCACAAUAUCAAUGCUACAAAAACAGGUGAUGCAAAACUCCCAGAAGCAACAUUUAGUCUAAGAUUGAGUGAAGCCUUCCUUCAAAAUGAUGUCACUCUUUGGCGGUCCUCAAAAGCAAAAAAGCCGUGCUUUUUCAGUGAGAAGCUUGUGCUCUGUAACUAUAAGUUCCUAAUGGAUCUUCCAUCUAAGAUAAUAGCUUUUGACCUGGAUUGCAACUGGACCAAGAAGGAACACCAGGCGCCCCAGCAUUUCAACCCUUUUUUUAGAUGGAUUCCUCAGUCUCAGCCUGAUUUUUUUUAUCUCAAACUGAAGCGUGCAUCACUUGUAGAAGACACUUUUCAACAACUGGCUACUUGUUCUGACAACAUAUUGAGAAAGCCACUUAUGGUACAUUUUGACGAGGACCCCAAAAUCACAGACGUUUACAAAAGAGAUCUGUUUCACCAUCUCUUUUUGGAGAUUGUUUCUGCUGACUCUGAAAUGCUCGUGUUCAAUGAAUCCCAAACAUUGGCUUGGUUCCCCUCCACACAGAUAUCAAAGAAGAAGAAACAGCGGUUCUUUCUUUUUGGGAAGCUUUGUGGUUUGGCAUUAUACAACCAGAGCAUUAUACACCUGCCUUUUCCUCUCGCUCUAUUUAAGAAGCUUCUCGAUAUAGAGCCAUGUCUGGAUGAUCUCACUGAACUCAGCCCAACUGUUGGAAAAAGUUUACAGUACAUUCUGGACUAUGAUGCCAAUGUAGAAGACCUGGAUAUGUAUUUUACAAUAGACUGGGAUAAGACAAAGGUUGAACUUGAUCCUUCAACUCCUGGCAAACCAGUGACAAAUGACAACAGGCAGGAGUUUGUAGAUGCCUAUGUGCACCAUGUCUUCACCACAUCUGUGCAGACUGCAUUUAAGGAGUUCAGACGUGGCUUCUUCCAGGUGUGUGAGCCGUCCACGGUGCAGCUGUUCAGACCCGAGGAACUGAGGGGGGUCAUGGUGGGCAGCGAAAACUACGACUGGGCCGCCUUUAGACAGAACACUGUCUAUGAACUACAAUAUCACAAAGGCCAUCCCACUAUUCAGAUGUUUUGGGAAGUUUUUGAAGAACUCAGUGAGGAACAAAAGAAAGAUUUUUUAUGGUUCCUGACUGGAUAUAGACGAGCUCCUAUCUUUGGACUGGGUCAAAUUCAGAUGAAAGUCCGUCAGAAGUACCUGCCUCACGGUGGCACUAAUGAGCACUUCCCUGAGUCGCUCACGUGUCAUUCGAUCCUGGAGCUGCCUCUUUACUCCUCUAAAAGCGUCAUGAGAAGAAGAUUGACUGAGGCCAUCCAGCCCGAGACAGGAUUCAGAGCAUAAUCUCUAAUUCUAUCGCCACUAAAUAUUGACCAAAAACACCUGUAAUUUAUUGUAUGGAUGGAGUGCCUGUAUGUAAUAUAGAAAAUUAUCUAUUCUCAUAUAUGUUUUGAGCACAAUGAUUUUGUUUGUAAAAAUUAAACAUAUCUGUAUAAAGUUGUUAAUUGUUCAAAAUUACCACUAGAGGGAGCCAUUCGCCUGUUUCCUUUUUCCACUAUAUGAAUGACACAAAUAGCUGCAAAGAUGAGAUCAUCCUCCAUGCAGGUCAUCGCUCAACAAAAGACCAACACCGGGGUAUUAAAAAAAAACUAAACAAAACAUGAUUUCACCUUCAAGAUGUGUCGAUUAGUAGAUUUUAGAAUUAAUUCAUAAAUUGCAUGUGCAUAGAAACUACCUAUAACCUUGAUAUGUACAAAAUAGCCAUUUACCCAUAUGAGAUAUUAUAAAUUGAACUGCAUUUAAAACACUACAGGAUUACAUAAUCCAUGACGCCUUUAGCCUAUAGGUCACCACAGUUUCACAACACUCUAAACUCACC